AGGAGCAGCCGGGACCACAGAGGUGGUGGAGAGAUGGCCCUCAGCAGUAUCCAGCCUUCCUUCGUGACCCCAUCACUUGCCAUUGAAGGGGGUCUCCAGUAUGGAUAUGUGAUCACUAUCCAAGGAACUGUUCUUAACUCCAAUGGAACCAGGUUUGCUGUGGACUUUAAAAUUGGCUCCAGUGACUCUGAGAUUGCCUUCCACUUCAACCCUCGGUUUGAGAACGGCGGGUAUGUGGUCUGUAACACCAAGCAGAAAGGGUGGUGGGGAACGGAGGAGAGGACGAUGAUGAAUCCCUUCCACAUGGGGAAGCCCUUUGAGAUCCGCAUCCUGGUGGAGAGCGCCAUGUUCCAGGUGACGGUGAAUGGAGCUGCCUUUUAUCAGUAUGUACACCGCGUGCCCUUCCACCGCGUGGACAACAUCUCUGUCACCGGCGCCGUGGAGCUGACACACAUCAGCUUCCAGGACGCCCGUGCAGUCUCUGUCCAGAGGAUGCAGUUCUACCCCAGUCUCAGUGGCUCACCUGAGUCCAAAGAGUGGAAACCAAAAGAUAUUGGUGAUGUCCCUAUGGUGAAAUGCUUGCAGAAUACCUGUGACCUACCUGAGCCCAAGGAGCAGUAAGCAAAACCUGUACCAACCCAUCCCCCACUCCAGGAACGUGACCGUGAUUGACACCUGCUGGUCUCUACCUUCUGAGCUUUUCCAGCUGGAAGCCCCCCUUUCCCAGUGCCCUUCAAAUAAAGAGAGAAAGAAAACUCGGUGC